UGAGUAAUCAGGCGGCGAGAAGCGCACCUGUAAGCAGCAUGGUGCUUGUAAAAGAGUAUCGAAUAUGUAUGCCACUGACUGUGGAGGAGUACAAAAUUGGACAGUUGUACAUGAUUGCGCGCCACAGUCUUGAACAGUCGGAUGAUGGGGAAGGGGUGGAGGUUAUUGAAAAUAAGGAAUGUUUUGAUCCGGAUCAUGGCAAGGGUCAAUACACCGAGAAACGGAUACACUUGUCCAGCCGUCUUCCCUACUGGCUGCAAGCGGUCUGCCCAAAAGUGUUCUACGUUAUAGAGAAGGGCUGGAACUAUUAUCCCUACACGGUGACCGAGUAUACGUGCUCGUUUAUUCCAAAGCUACAUAUUCGUAUACUGACACGAUUUGAAGACAAUGCAGGCACCUCGGAAAAUUGCUUAAACCUCUCGGAGGAAGUUCUAAAAACUCGAAUAGUUGACCAUGUGGACAUUGCUUUUGAGGAACCUUCAGAAAAACAUUACAAAAAGGAGGAAGAUCCCAAAUUCUUCAAGUCGCGCAUCACUGGACGUGGCCCGCUCGUAGAGGGAUGGCGCCAAACGGAUAGACCAAUGAUGUGCUCCUACAAAUUGGUGGAAGCAUCCUUUGAAGUAUGGGGCCUGCAGACACGGGUGGAGGACUUUAUACAGAAGUGUAUUCGAGAUGUGCUACUGCUGGGACACAGGCAAGCAUUCGCAUGGAUUGACGAGUGGCAUGGUAUGAGCAUUGACGAUGUGCGCAUGUAUGAGAAAGAUAAACAGAUGGAAGCGAAUGAUAAGCUGCGACAAUCGUUACCUCCAGCGUUGGAAACUGAUAAGACUCAGGAGAACAAUUAGCUGUUCGGCUAACUUUUCGGCUGCUGU